CCUUCCUUCAGGAGAUCUGAAGCGACGCCGCGAUCCCUUAUCAGAUCUUCCUCAAAAGAUGACCUCUUAUCCGCAUGUGAGGUUUCUGUGUUAUAAGCCCAAGAAACCAAAUCAUCAGACAGCGCGGCUUUCCAUUUCACUCCAAUGAGCUUAAAAGUCGGAGCUAAACCGCGGAAGUCUGAUACGCGUGCUGUUCCGGGAGCCCUCUGUUGUGUUCUCCGGUGCGCGAUCGUCCAGUUCGGAGAUUAAUAUUCGGGGUCAAGUAGCCCACGGAAGUCCCGCGAAGCGCAAGGAGAGAAACAGGACUCAAAAUGUUGCGUUCUGUGUGCGCGAUGCUCAGACCUGCCGUGAUGGACACAGUGCCGAGAAGAUUUCGUCGGCGUCCGCGUACAAUCCUGACCUGGCCGAUCGAAUACUUACCUUUCAAAUGGACAUACCCCCAGAAGCAGAGUGCCAUCGAAGCAUCGGGUGAUAAGAUAAGCGGACUCCCACCGUCGGAUGGUCAACGCCCAAGAGGAGCUUUCGCUAAAUUGCCUGAGCUCGAGAAAGCUCCUGAAGCUAUCCGGAGAGUCUUCAGCCUCGAUUUCGCGCCGAAAGCAGAGAUCAAUCAAGCUGCCACAGAGGAACUCCUCGAUCUCGUUCGCAGACAUCCGUACGACAAGGAAUCCCUGGAGUAUAAGAUUGCCACGAAAACUUCCCGCAUUCGGCUGUACAGAGAAGCAUUCGAGAAGCACCAGCGUAACUAUAAAUUGAAAGGGUCAUUGAACGUAAUCGUUCUCAAGCGCAACAAGCUCCUCAAAAUGUUAGGUCGGCUGGAUCAGGAAAGAUACAACUUCGUGAAGGAGGCGCUCCAGAUCGAGCAUACUCCUUUCCCAUUGGGGAAACCUCAUCAGAAAAUCACGCGUAAGGGAGAACUGCGUCGGCUCACACAAGAAUGGGCAGACAAGGUGAAAGCUGAAAGAAUGGCGGCUUUCCACGCAAGUCUAAAGGAGCAACAAGAAGCCUUCGAGAAAGAGAAGAAGUCGACGUUAGAGUGGAUCGAAAAGGAGAUCAAAGAGCUGAAUUUGACAGAGGACGAACUCAAACAGCUCGAAUUCAAGGGUAUCUUCCAAUGACGGGAGCCGCGGAGCUUCGAAAGCCGAUCUCGUUUCCGUAAUUUCUCAGAGCCCCUCAGGGAAGGAGAGCAGCAGCGUGAUUGAAG